CAAUAGGCGAAAAUAGUAGCGAUCGGCGGGGCGGAUCGUCCGGAAAACCAAGCCCCUGUGUGACAAUAUUACCGCAUGGGCAUCGUGACCCAACUGCUGCUGACUACCAGCCUUCUCCCUUUCUUCUCUUCUGAACGUAUUGGCUUCCAUUCCUUUUCCUUUUUCUAUUGCAUCCUCCCAUCGCUUGUGCCACUCCCACAGCAACCCAUCGGCGAUAUCAAUGAUGGGGUUUUCACCAACCCGUUUUCUCCGCAUCCCGCGGCCAGAGACAUUCCUCUAUGUCAUGAGCCUGCGGACAGGCGCUUCUCUCAUCACAUUAUCCUUGCUCCUGAACAAAAUUAGCGGCCUUUACGGGUUGCUUGCGCUCCUAACCGGCUACCACCUUUCACCCGUCCAGCUGUCCAUGUACCUUUACUCCCUACUCGCUCUCGGCGUCGCAACACUGCUCUUCCCGCAUAUCCGGAAACAAUCACCUCUGCAAUGCCUCGCUCUCGCCUGGCUCUACCUCUUCGAUAGCGUCAUCAACGCCGCUUAUACCGCUGCUUUUGGGGUAACAUGGUUCCUUGUCAUCUCUCAAAAUUACGAGAGUGGAAAUACCUCUGGACCUGGUAGUGAGACAAUUGCUCAGACUGCCGGCUUCACCAGCCCGAAGUACGAUUCGACAUCUUCCCAGGGCGCCCAGUAUGCCAGAAGUUCCGAUGGCCUAGGCAACGCGGUUACCCAACCGGAAAGCUUCCAAAGCAUUGUCUUCAUCUGCUCGCUAUGGAUCAUCCGCGCAUAUUUUGUUUUUGUCAUGUUGGCAUUUGCUCGCCAGUCUCUGCGUCUUUAUAUCGCUGUGCCUCGCCACACUCAGCUCCCGACUCAUAGCCGGAACACUUCCAUCGCCAGUGUGGCCAGCGUCGCUGAUAUCGAUAAGGAGCCGUUCUCGCCGUUCACGCCUGAUGGUCAAGGUUGGAAGGGAAAGCUUGGUCGCGCUAUGAUUAGCGUUGGUCGUAAUUAUUGGUUGGGCGAGGAUGAGGAUGGUAACUGGAUGGAUACUAUGGGGCGACGGUUCCGUGCCCGCGGCGAGAGCACCGAGCUUCCCGGCCCCCUCGAAAGAGAACGGAGACGUCGAUCUGGAACGGGCCCUCCGCAACCUUCUCAGUCGGCUGUCCAGGCGGCUGCCUUACAACAGCCCAUCUAUGAGGUACCGGGUAUGAACGUCAAAAUGCAGGACUGGGGUGAAACUAGGUAAUCGGAAGCGACCGGAUGUCGUCGAUCCGCUACAGGUCAUCCUUUCAAGUUCAGGUCAAUGCUGGGAGAAGUAAUUGCGUCCAAAUCCAUACAACGUGGGUGCCCUUGGCAGAGCAGACGGAUGUCAAUG